AUGACAGAUUCAAUCGACCGAGUCUUCGUCCAUGCUCUCAACACCGUCAAGAAAAUUCCCAAGACGGGGGCUGCCCGGCCUCCACCCUCUGACCGAAUGCGUCUUUAUGGCCUUUACAAGCAGGCCAUGGAAGGCGACGUGGAUGGCGUCAUGGAGCGACCCUCGGCAGAAUCGGCGGCCGGUGCGGGCAGCAGCGGCGAAGACAUUGUGCGCGAACAGGACAAAUGGGAUGCGUGGAAUGCCCAGAAGGGUCUGAGUCGUACAGAAGCUAAGCGGCGCUAUGUUGAGGCGCUGAUUGAGACGAUGCACAAGUACGCCAAUACGCCCAACGCCCUGGCGCUAGUUGCCGAGCUCGAAUUUGUCUGGAACCAGGUCAAGAGCAACAGCCCCAGCUCGUCGGAGUCUUCAUCGGGACAUAGCGGGGCGGGAGGCGUCGAACAACGGGGUGCGAGCGGCUUUGGCGUUGGCGGCGGGAGCAGCAUCAUUCGCCGAUUUCAGCCCCCGUUGAGCGGUGCCGACGGUCCGAUGAAGGUUCUCAGUCCGAUGAGUGAGGAAGACGAGUCCGAGAGGCGCCUAGCCGAGUUAGGAGAGCAGGGAGAGGAUAAUCCGGGCGAGUACGCGAGGCGGAAUGACAAGCGGUCGAAGCGGAUGGAGCGAGCCAUCGUCAGACUUUCGGCCGAGAUCGCUGCGCUGCGGGAACAGAUAGCAACCGGCCGUGAAUGGAGGUCUCGCAAGGAGCGGAGCGUUCUUUCCUGGAUUAGUUGGGCUUUUUGGGUCGUCACGAAGCACAUCACGGCCGAUAUCAUCAUCUUACUUCUGUUGCUGCUCUGGAUGCGGAAGAGGAGAGACAGGCGGUUCGAGGACCACGUUAGAGGAAUCCUGAGCCUUGGUCGGGAAUACAUCAGAAGAAUUCUUCCGGCUCGGUGA